AAGUUUUGGAAUUUGUUUCAUUUGCAACCUAUGCGAGAUCAGAAGGGAGAAGUACAGUAUUUUAUUGGUGUUCAACUUGAUGGUAGCCAACAAUUGGAGCCUCUUCACAACUGCAUUGCAGAUGAUACUGCCAAAGAGGGACAAUUAUUGGUAAAACAAACUGCUGAAAAUGUUGAUGUUGCUGUUAGAGAACUUCCAGAUGCUAAUAUGGCAUAUGGAGAUUCAUCUUUCCGGGAUUGCAAGCUAGCCUCUGAGGAAGCAAUGGCUACAAUAGUUAAAAAGUUGCAGGGACAGCUUUCUGAUGAAUGGUUAUGUUCUAAAUACUGGCCGUGCAGCUCAAGGAAUGCCUCUAAACAGCUGGAUUUGUAUCACCAUUUGAAAUUGUAUCCAGAAGAGGAAUCUGGUCCUCAGUCAACAAAGAAACCUGUUGUUAUUUUUAUUCAAGCAUUCUAA